AUGUUGCCUUUAUCUUUGUUAACUGCAGCUCAAGGAUAUCCUAUGUUGGUUGAAUUGAAAAAUGGUGAAACAUAUAAUGGACAUAUGGUGAGCUGUGACACAUGGAUGAAUUUAAUUUUAAAAGAAGUUAUACAAACAAAUGCUGACGGUGAUCGCUUUUUUCGACUUUCAGAAUGUUAUAUUAGGGGUUCUACUAUUAAAUAUUUAAGAAUACCUGAUGAGAUCAUUAAUAUUGUUAAAUUACAAAAUGAACAGAACCGUGAUAAUAGAACUCAGAGAGGAAUUUCAAGAGGAGGACGUGGUAUUAAUCUUGGAAGAGGUCGUGGAAUGCAAAACAUACAAGGACGUGGAGGAAGAACUAGUGAUAGAGGCCGUGGUCGCAUUGGUGGAUGA